GUGUUGCGUGCUUUCAGUUUGACAUGAUGGAAGUUGUGAGAUGAACGCAGAUGACUUACAACAAACGUUGCUUGCCGAUCACAGCGCAUUACCCAAAACCGAAAGACUAAACAAACAACAAGAUAAGCUACGAUCUGUGACCGGUCAAACUGUUGACUUGGACGUCAUGUUUUCAAGUUAGCACGCAGUGCUAAAGGGCGAGCGUUGAGGCUAACGUAACAUACAAGCUUUAGCCCUGUGUCACUGUCACUGUUUGCUUUUUUUGUCGUACAAGUUGUCGGCUUCGUUGUAUUCUGUGAAUAGUUUAAAGGCGACAUUUAUAUUUAUCAUCGGUUAGCAAGGACACUUUCUCUUAUGAGAGGAGAACUUUGCAUCGUUUAGACUGGAGAAAGUCAAGUGUUAACUUUAUUUGGAUUGAAAUGCUCAUAGACUGCGGCUGAUCUAGGAACAGACAGGUAUCAUGACAAUGACUUUACAUGACUGGAAUGAGCGCUGAAUGAACUUUUAGGCUCUGUUCUUUGCCUACAAGUAAUUACUUUUACUAGGCCAGUGCAUUCUUCCCUUCCAAUAAUGUUGGAGGGACUUGUUGCCUGGGUGCUCAACACAUAUCUGGGCAAGUAUGUCAGCAACCUUAACACCGACCAGCUCUCCAUUGCACUUCUUAAAGGUGCAGUCGAACUGGAGAACCUCCCACUACGAAAAGAUGCUCUCAGAGAAUUGGAUGUGCCCUUUGAAGUCAAAGCAGGUGUCAUUGGGAAGAUCACCCUUCAGAUCCCCUUUUACCGACCACACAGUGACCCAUGGGUCAUCUGCAUGUCCCAGCUGAACUUGAUAAUCGGUCCUGCCCCACCACAGGAAUAUGACGAGGAGCAAGAAAGAAAAGCUGAGAGAGAGCAGAAGCAGCAGCUGCUCAAGGCUCUAGAAGAGAAGUGGAAGGUACAGACUGAGUUUAGCGAAUGUGAACAGAAGGGGGAAUCUUACUGGUACUCUGUCACUGCCUCUGUUGUCACUAGAAUCGUUGAAAAUAUUGAGCUGAAGAUUCAAGGUGUCCACUUACGAUUCGAAGAUGAUUUCUCUGACCCUAACAAACCCUAUGCCUUUGGUGUUUGUAUCAAGAAUGUAUCUGCGCAGAACUGCUCCAAAGAACCGGCACAAAAGCUUAUUCGACAGAAGGAGCUGGAAAUCAGUGAAUUUAGUGUCUACUGGGACACAGAGUGCAGUAUGCUCGGAGAUCUUCCCCCCGCAGAAUUACAGGAGGAGAUGAGUAAAUGUAUGCAGAGCCGGGAGCAUCAGUAUAUAUUUGAGCCAGUGUGUGCCUCUGUUUUGGUGAGGAGGAAUACCUGUAAAGAGCCGUUAAGGUCUCGACAGACACCACGUGUUGAGGGUCAAGUUCAACUGGAACCCCUCUCACUUCGCUUAUCACAGGUUCAGUAUCAGCAGAUCAUGGCGUUUCUUAAAGAGCUGGUCCGUAGAGAAAGGGAAAUGCUUUUCCGAAAGUGGAGACCUAAACUUCCCAUCCCUGAAAACUGUCGGCAGUGGUGGAUGUUUGCUAUUAAUGCCAACCUAAAUGAAAUCAAGGAGCAGCGCAGACGAGGAAACUGGCCCUUUGCUUUGCACAGGGCACGUGAUGCCAAACUCUACACUAACUUAUACAUUCAGAGGCUUAAAGGAAUUGCUUUGAGUUCACAAGAAGAGAAUGAAUUUGAGAGGAUUGAAGACGAACAGACAUUCGAGGAGUUAAAGAUUCUCAGGGAAACAGUUUAUGUCUCCGUCUGCAAGCAGGAAGAAAUUGCAGAGAGUCUUCGAGAGCCAAUGAAAGAGACCCCAGCCUCCACUCCCUCAGGAUCCAUACCUAAAAGUGGGAGUUCUGGGAUGAUCCAGUAUCUGCAGUCCUGGUUCCCAGGCUGGGGUGGCUGGUAUGGGGGUGCUGAAAGAGGACCAGUUUCAGAUGACCUUUUACCAGAAACUGCACAGUGGGAAAUUCUAGCUGAGACGGAUGAUCUCUUUGAUCCUUUGGAGGAUUCGCAAACACUGAAUACCGUCACAAGAAAGGAUCAUCUCUUUGCUCGACUGGACUUGGUCCUUGAGAAGGCAGCUGUCACUCUGUACCAUCAAGACAAAAUGAAACCUCUCUUGAGUGAGAGUGGCGUCAUUCAGCUAGAGUUUUCAGGUGUAAAGAUUGGGAUUGAGUCUCUACCUCGCUCUGAGUCCUCUUUACUCAGUGUGAAGCUAGGUGGGCUGUUUCUCCGUGACCUCACUACACAGGGUUCCAUCUUUCCUGUCCUUGUUUCACCAAAACCGGACAAGGUUGUUGUUGCUAUCAAUCAACCUGUAGGUCAGACUAAUACAACAGAAAUAAGCAGUCAGGCCUCUGAAGUGGAGUCCUCAGUACCUCCUGUAUUUGAGAUGAUUUACGAACGCAAUCCAAUAAGGAGCAAAUUUGAGAGGAGACUGGAAGUCAAUACCAGCCCUCUUAAUAUCAUUUAUAACCCUCAAGCCAUCAAGAAAGUGGCUGAGUUUUUCUACAAAGGAAGAGUCCACUCCUCAGGGUUCGGAUAUCAGUCUGAGUUAGAACUGAGGGUGGCGGAAGCUGCUAGGAAGCAAUACAACAAGCUGAAGAUGCAAACUAAGGCAGAAAUCAGACAAACCAUUGAUCAGCUGCUCGUUGGAGAGUUUAUUGAAAACAGUAAGCACUGGACUAUGAAAUUGGAUAUAUGUGCUCCUCAAGUCAUCUUCCCAGAUGAUUUUCAGUCUGAAGACCCCAUAUUAGUGGUGGUGGACCUUGGGCGUAUCCUUCUUACUAAUUCCCAAGAGGAUGAUAAAACAAAUCCUAAGAUUUCUCAGACAGAAGGAGAGAGCGAUGAAGAGUUUCAGACACCAUUAGCAACACCUCCUGGGUCUCCAUCCCCAGGGUCUCCACCUCCAGAGCAAGCAGUGGAUGUCAAAGGUCAGGAGAGGCAAUGUGACAUCGCCAGCCUUAAAUCAGCAGAAGGUGCCCAAAUUGUCAGCAAGAACUUCUAUGAGAAGUACUCUUUAUCUUUCAAUGACCUCCAGAUAAUGGUUGGUCAUUAUAAAGACAACUGGAAACAUCUGCAGGAAAGUGAAGUGGGCCCAACACACGUGGUUGAAAAAUUCAAUGUUUUACUACAACUAGAGCAGAGACUGCGGUACACAUCAGACCCUCAAUAUCCAGGGGCUAUUCUCUCAGGAACCCUACCAGACCUCAAGGUGCACAUCAAUCUGGAGAAAAUGACUGCCCUCAGAAGCUGCCUGGCUAGACUAAGUAGUUCUGGGGCAGAUGGAGUUAAGGGUGACAAGAAUGGAGAGAAUCUCAGAUCUCCUGACCCUCUGCCACUUCGUCACGAGAAGAUCUUUCAAAGGGAGGAUAGUGAUUGGAAGCUCCAAGGUUCUGAUAAAAGUCUUACUAAGAGUGUGAUGGCACUUGAACAACAUACUAGAGAGGUGCUUGUGGAAUCAAAACUUCUUCUUGUACAAUUUAAUAUCAACUACAUGCAGCUUGGCAUUGAAAGCAGCGGCCGGUAUAUAUCUGUUCUCAAAGUGUUUGGAACAAAUGCAAAUUUUGUAAAGCGGCCUUAUGAUGCUAUGGUUUCCCUCACAGUUCAUGGAUUAUAUCUUGUGGACACAUUGCAGACAUAUGGAUCUGACUUUGAUCUUCUUGUUGCAUCUCAUAAACACCUAAGUUUCGAUGUACCAACUGGAAGUUUACGAGAGAGCCAGCCAACUUCACCAGUUUCAUUAGAUGACAAAACCCCAGAACUGCCAGGUUUGCACAGGAACUCGUCUGAUAUUGCUUUUGACAAAGUGUCUCCAAGAGGAACUCCACUAAGUGACCAAGAGGCUCUUAUUAAAUUGGAAUACCAGUUUGUUAGCUCCGACUGCCCCUCAAUGAAAUUGGACAGCUCACUUCAGGUCACUAGCAUGCAGGUCAACAACCUGGAUAUUAUUCUCAACCCUGAAACCAUAGUAGAGCUACUGAAAUUCCUCCAGGAUUCUUUUCCUAAAGAAGAAAACUCUCCAACACAACAGAUGGCACCACUGCCUAAUGGAGAAGACAAUGAGGAAACCUAUCAGUCCACUUAUGUCCAAAAUAAAGAGUUAACCGUAGAAAUUCAUAGGUUAAACUUGUUGCUUUUGCGAACUGUGGCAACAGGAGGUGAGAAGAAAGGAUUGAAAAUUGCUACAGCCAGUAUUAACGAGACAAAAGUCAAUGUUUCCAUGGGAAGCCGGUUGGAUGUCAAUGGCUCUCUAGGAUGUAUCCAGCUUGUAGACUUGACCCAGGAAAGUGGCAGAAGUCAUUUUGUAGUCAGUAUUGGGAGCCUAGAAGACAGUGUCUCCACAGAUGGUGAGGCGUUCUUUCCCAACAUUGGCAUGGCUCCCUCUGAAGCUUUGAGCUUCCACUUUUUGGAAAAGUCUCAGGGAGAAUGCUCCCUUCAGCUUCAAAUGGCAUCUUUAUACUAUAACCACUCAGCAAAGUUCCUGAAAGAACUCAGUUUAUCAGCAAAUGAAGUAGAGGACAAUUUCCGUUCUAUGUUGAAGAAUGCAGCUACAAAAGUCUCUACCGUAUUGGUCACAAAAACAGCAGAGUACAGUGGUAUGGUGUCUCUCUUUGACACCCCAUGCAGGAGAUCCAGGAGACAGAGUCAAUCCUACUGGGCAAUAGACCCUUUUGAGGAUGAAGACUUCCCUGUCCCUGAAAAGGAACCAGACUUGGAUUCCUUUCUGGUCAAGCUGACUCUAGAUAUUAGUAUAGAUUCCCCUGUUGUGUCUAUUCCUAGAAAGCCUGGUCAUCCUGAGCUCCUUGUUGGACACUUGGGGAGCAUCAGAAUUCAAAACUUUAUAACAGGGCAAGACUCAGAGGGAGAGAAACUGCAGGUUGAAGUUAAGGAUAUAAGACUAUAUUCUGUCAACACAAGCAACCAAGUUUUAAGAAAAGCAACACGGCUUAAUAGCAGCUCAACUUCUGGACCCUCACCUUCUCAUAAUGGCAACAUUAAUCUGAAUGAGCCCCAAUUUACACGGCAUGACUUCUUUGAAUGCUUGAGCCUGGGGAAAGCAUUUCACAUUCUGAAAGAUGCCUCCAUCCAGCUGACUGUUGAGAAAGUCCCCAUUGAUGAAAACGUUUCCUUUUUGCCAUUUGAAGAACCUUACCAGAGCACCGGGGUACUGAGAGUAGAUGGCAGAUUUGUAAAUGCUGUACAGGUGUGUCUAUGCAAGCCUGUGUAUGAGCAGGUUCUUCAGACCCUUGACAACCUUUCCUUGAUUGAAGAUCAGAGAGUAACGCCCAGUCAUCCACCCACACCACCACCUCCCACACCUUCCUCUACUAAACCACACCGCUUCCCUGAUCUACAGGGUGGGAUGUUUGCCCGGGACCCUCCUCAUGCUAGCCUGUCUUUCUCCUCAUUGCAAUCCUCACUUUCAACAUCACUUCCGCUGCAAAACGAUAGUCCCCCUCUCCAGCCUCCAUCCUUUACCCAAGUGAGGGCCACCUUUAGGGUCUCUGAGUUGCAAGUCCAGUUGUGUGGAGACCUCAGUCAGGGCUGUCAAGGACUGGUCACCCUGCGCUUCCAAGACUUGGAGGGAGAUUUUACCAAAGAUCAUCCUCAUUCAAUGUCUAUUCAACUAGCCCUUCACUCCUUGUUAAUGGAAGACCUAUUGGAGCCAAACCAGGAAUCAAAGUACAAAUAUCUUAUGGUGUCCAGAGGUGCUCCAAAACCCUCCACCUUUAGUCCUAAGGAAUAUCUUUCACAGUCUUGCCCAACAGCAUCCAGUGUUUUAUACCCAGAAAUGCCUCGCUCUCUUCCGGCACAAUUUGAAGAGGCACAGAAUGUCUUCCAGCUCUAUCAGAGGCAUCCCAGUACACCAUCAUCAUCCAAUCGAAAAACUAAGAAAGACCCAGAGUGUCCCAGCACACCACCACCUUCCCCGUCCCGCCAGACUCCAUCUCCGCAGCCGCGACCAGACUUUGAUGACUCUUUGGUACAUAUCAACAUGCUCAUGGUGGAUAGACGACACCCUGAGUUUAAGACAAGAUAUGGCAGUAUAAGUAGGAGUGUGGAUGUGGACUUCAACUGCCUCGAUAUUCUUAUCACACUACAAACCUGGGUUAUGAUUCUAGACUUUUUUGGGAUUGGUUCUACUGCUAAUAACCAUGCCGUGAAAGUGCCUUCCACACCUCAGCCUACACCCGAACACUCACUGGAAAGUAGUACCCUCAACGAUCUGGAAGAUUUGUAUUUAGAGAUUGAGGAAAGGGUCAAUACUAAAAUAGAUUUAAAGGUACACUCUUUAUCGUUGGUAUUAAGAAAGAAGACCAAUGAGCUUGCUAAAGCUAAUGUUUCUAAAUUAUUAACACAUAUGGAAAUGAUAGAUGGGGAUCUGGCAUUGCAAGGAAGUCUGGGCAGUUUGUCACUGAGUGAUUUGACACCCCACGGGGAUCUAUACAAAGAGCGGUUUACAACACGUGGUGGAGAGGCGCUUGUCUACAACAUAUACAAGUAUGGAGAACCUGACUUGCAGAGGGAAUAUGAUAUGAAAGUGUCUCUGCAGAUGGCAUCAGUACAGUAUGUCCAUACCCAGCGUUUCCAGGCCGAGGUCGUGGCCUUCAUCCAACACUUCACUCAGCUACAGGAUGUCCUCGGCAGGCAGAGAGCAGCAGUUGAGGGUCAGACAGUGCGUGAGCGUUCACAGCGAGCUGCUCGUGUGCUGCUGGACAUUGAGGCGGGUGCUCCUGUCCUUCUGAUCCCGGAAAGCUCCCGUUCCAAUCGCCUCAUAGUAGCUAACCUUGGCCAACUCAGAGUGCGUAACCAGUUCCUACCUGCUGGCUCCCAUGGCACCUUCUCUCUCAGAGAUAAGGUAGAGAAACUUACCAUGGCACAUACCUUUUUCCCAUCUCUGGAUCGUGUGAAGGAAGCACAGUUUGCCUCUGAAAAACCACCUGAAAAGAGCAAAGCUUCAAACUCCAGCACCGCCUCAGGAUUUACUCUGGGCAGACCCCAGCCUAGCCUCGGAUGCAUCCCUGAAGGAGAUUUACCAAGUCUAGAAGACCAUGUUUGUCUGCUGGAUUGUAUAUCUCUGGACCUGCAAGAGAUGGACAUUUUUGCCGCAGAGCGGUUGCCCUGUGAUAGUGUCGGAAAACGUCCAGAUACAGACUUGGUCUUUCCAUCCUACUCUGUACGCAGGAGCGGAUCGAGCCUGCUGAAGGAACGCUGCCAUCUAAAGCUCAAAGUUGAGCGUAACCUUGACAAGGAACUGAGUCAUGCUGUCCCAGACAUGACCAUUCAUGGCAGCUUGUCUUCUGUUCACUGUUCCCUGGACCUGGAGAGGUAUCAGUUGAUCCGCGGCCUCUUGGAGCAAAACUUGGGAGAACCUAUAGAGGAGUUCCUUAGACCUUACAAUCUCCAGGACCCCAGCACCUAUACGGUGUUAAGUGGUGAUGUGUACACAUGCCUCUCUUUUCUGGUGGACAUGAAGGAUGUCAGUCUGGAAUUACUGGACAACCCCAAAUCCACAGGUCAUAAGCGCUCCUUGGCAAGGUUCGAUUUUAUGAAAUCUAAGCUCUUGUUUGAGAGCUUUUCCAAUAGUUGCAAGUCUGUGAACCUGGUGUCUCAUUCACUGCUGGCUCACGACACUCGAUUCACCGGGUCCAGUGGUGCCACAAUGGGGAAGCAAAAUGUGUUUGAUUGCAUUCUGCAGCCAUCCAGGACCGGCAAUAACCGAGCAUCUUUGCAGCUGGAGCUGCAUUACAGAUCUACACGGGACUCCUCGUGCUUCACUGUGGUUUUAAACAACUUGCGAGUCUUCCUCAUCUUCGAUUGGCUGCAGCUGGUGAGGGACUUUCUGCACAUGCCUGCAGAGAAAGGGGAGGCACCAACCCGCCAGCGCUGGCCCAGUGGCGGCAGCGAUCAAGGAGGCACGGGGGCCGUCAUGCCCAAAACAGUUAAGAGCGGUGUGGUCACUAAGCGAUCCACUGUGCCGAUCAUUCAAGAUAAGCACCUGGAGGUUAAGAUUAAUGUCACAGGGACAGAGUUUGUGGUCGUGGAAGAUUCUUCAUGUUUGGAUACCAAUGCGAUCAUUCUGAAAGGAACCACUGUACUGACAUAUAAGCCUCGACUUUUGGACAGACCUUUUUCAGGCAGCUUAUCCGGCAUAGAGGUGUUCUCCUGUCGGCUGGGCAGUGAGCAGGAAACAGCUUUGUCCAUUAUCGAUCCUGUCAAUGUGAAUAUGGAGCUCUGUGGCAGCCCAACAUACCAAAGCAGCUCGGGUCUCCUAGAUGCCUUCAACAUCGAAGAUGUUCCACCUCUCCUGGAGAUCCAGUUUCCUACUCUGGAUAUCCGUCUCUCCUACAAUGAUGUGCAACUAUUCUUGGCAAUUGCUAAAUCAAUCCCAACUACAGCAUCAGCUGGUCCUGUAGACACUGCCACAGAGACUGCAACAACCACUGCCAGCACAGAAAAACCAAAGGACAGUUUCAGACACAAGACCGAGGCUUUGCUUGAAGGUCAGCUUAAACGGUUACAAGACCUCGGGUUUCGAAAGGAAGACUGCAGACGGGCCCUCAUCCACUGUAAAGGUCAGCUUGAUCAAUCUGCCACAUGGCUGUUGGAGAACGCAGAGAGCAUGUCUGGUCGAAACCGAGCUAACUCGGAUUCAAGCAGCCACUCGGGUCUUCUCCUCUCUGGUGUGGAGGUGAAGGCAGACCGUGUGUGUAUCUGCUUUAUCGAUGACUGCUUGGACUGUGACGUCCCUCUGGCAGAGCUCACCUUCUCACGUCUGUCUGUUCUCCAGAGGAUUGGGUCUUUGGAGGAAGGCAAAGCUAGUUUCACUCUUUCUGGAGAUUAUUACAACAGAGAACUUUCAGGCUGGGAGCCGUUCAUCGAGCCCUGGCCAUGUUUCCUGAAUUGGCAGAGACAGGCGGCAGGCCGGCUCCAUCCACCUCGCCUAAAGAUCGAAGUUCGAGCCAAGCAGAGGCUGGAUGUGAACAUCACCUCUGUCUUACUGGAGCAAUACAGCACAACCAAGACUUCGUGGUUAGCAGACUACUGCAAGGAAGACGAGCAGCCGCCACAGUCCUCCACUGCCCUGUCCUGGAUGGGAUCGUCUGUGGACCCGCCCUCUUUUGGCCAGAGUCUUCCUCUUGCCUACCUUAGAACUAGAAGCUCAACCAGCUUGACUUGUCUUGAGCAGCAGAUUCAUGCCCGAGCGGAUGUGAAGCUUUCCAAAAGGAGGCAGCCAUUUAUUCCCUACGCCCUUCGGAAUCAUACCGGCUGCACUAUGUGGUUCGCUACUCUCACUACCACGCCGACCAGAGUGGCGCUCUCUCACAGCAGCAGUGCUGACUCGAUAUCUGACGUGCAUGGGCCUGGGACAGAUGACACACACAACAUUAGCCAGUGGAGAGAGGUGCUGCCUGGAGAGGAGAUCCCGUUUGAGUUUGAGGCACGGGAGAAACUGAGGCACAGACACACCCAUGAGCUAAAACUACACCAGCUGCUUGUGCGUGUUGUGGGUUGGGAGCAGGUGAAGCCGGUGUCAGUAGACAAGGUUGGAGUGUUCUUCCGCUACGCUGCCCCUGAUCGAAACAACCCCUCGAGCACUGUUGGCAGCCCUAUCAGCAGAACAAACAUCAUACACCCUCAUGUAUACUUCUCAGCUUUGCCGCCUGUUAGAGUGGUUUUCUCCAUUACAAUGGAGGGCAGUGCACGUAAGGUCAUUACGGUGCAGUCUGCGCUCACAGUGAAGAAUCGCCUUGAGGUACCCAUGGAAGUGCGACUAGACAGUCCUUCUGCACCUGACAAACCUGUUGUCCUGCCGCCCAUCCUGCCUGGAGAAGCUUUGGCCAUCCCUCUCCAUCUGACCUCCUGGAGGGUGCAAGCAAGACCUAAAGGCUUGGGAUUGUUCUUCUGUAAAACGCCCAUCCAUUGGACUUCAGUGGAGAGGCCUGGUGAGGUCAACAGCAGCAAGAGAGAGUGCCAGUCUGCCGACUAUGAUGACCAAAACAAACGAAGUUUCAGGUUUUGCGUUGUUAUUAAGAAAGAGAACUACCCCGAACAACAGCCUGCCAAAACGGUGGCAGGAAGUGCAAAUCAGAUCUACCGCCAGCCGGGUCACACUAUCUAUCUGCUGCCCACCCUGGUGCUGGCCAAUCUUCUGCCCUGUGACCUUAACUACUACAUCAAAGGGACCUCGAUUACGGGAGCCCUGAAACCGGGCAAAGAGGCGGUGCUACAUGCGGCAGACACAUUGCAAAACAUUGAAUUAGGUGUGCUUCUAGAGAACUUUAAUGAGUGUAAAGAGCUGCUCAUUCCUCCGGGUACGCAGAACUACGUGGUUCGCAUGCGGCUGUACGAUGUAAAUAAGCGGCUACUCUGUCUUACCAUUCGGAUUAUUCUUAGAGCUCAAGGAGCGCUAAAAAUCCUCAUCUCUGCUCCCUACUGGCUUGUCAACAAGACUGGUCUGCCUCUGAUCUUUCGUCAGGACAACGGGAAAACUGAUGCCGCCGGACAGUUCGAGGAGCACGAGUUGGCCAGGAGUCUGAGCCCUCUGCUCUUUUGCUACACUGACAAAGAGCAGCCCAAUAUGUGUACCAUGCGAAUCGGUAAAGGUAUCCACGAAGAUGGAGUUCCAGGAUGGUGCCAGGGUUUCUCUCUGGAUGGAGGUAGUGGAGUAAGAGCAGUUAAAGUCAUCCCGCGUGGUAACAGACCUGGACUCAUUUAUAAUAUAGGAAUAAAUGUGAGAAAGGGAAAGGGCCGUUACAUUGACACCCACAUUGUGACCUUCGCUCCAAGGUAUCUGCUUGACAAUCGAUCAUCUUACAGAUUAGCCUUCUCGCAAAGGGAAUUUGCCAGAGGAAAGGGCACUGCAAAUCCAGACGGCUACAUCUCAACCCUCCCAGGCUCCAGUGUGGUGUUCCACUGGCCCAGAAAUGAUUACGAUCAACUUCUCUGUGUUCGUCUUAUGGACGUACCCAACUACACCUGGUCUGGUGGUUUUGAGGUCAACAAGCCUAAAUCCUUCCACAUCAACAUGAGGGACACAUUGGGGAACUGCUUCUUUUUGCGGGCUGAGAUUGCUUUGAAAGGGGCAACGCAUCAGAUCUCUUUCAGUGAUACUGACCAGCUUCCUCCACCCUUUCGCAUAGAUAACAUCUCUGAGGUGCCAAUCCAGUUCUGGCAAUAUGGCGUGGCGGAUAUCAGGCUACGCACUGAGGUUAAACCAGGAGCAACGCUGGACUACGCCUGCGAUGAACCCACUCUUCGCCCCCACCUUUCUCUCACUGUAAAGGGAGCCGGAUCUUCAGAGGUCACCGCUGACAUGAACUGCUUCAGAGAGUACAACAAACUCUACUAUGAGAACUUCAUCUACAUUGCGGCAUCCUUCACCUUCUCAGAAGAUGCAGAGAAGAGGCCAGUGGGGAAGAACCGGGCUGUCAGCUGCGCUGAACUCGUGUUGGAUGUGGAGACCAAAACACAGAGGGUCAUCCUGAAGAAGAAGGAGCCUGGUAAGCGCUCCCAGCUGUGGCGGAUGACGGGAACGGGAAUGCUGUGUCACGAAGGCUCCUCUCCUCCUCAGAGUAAACCUUCUCAGCCUCGACCCCUCACUUCAUCUUUAGUGCUUGAUAUUGCUGGAUUGGCUGCUGUAACAGACAACAGCUAUGAGCCUUUGAUGAUAAGACGACCAGAUAGCCGGCGCGCCACUACCCAGACAUGGUACUUCAGCUCUGGCAUGUUGACCUGUGGUUUACCCAGACUGGUCGUUCAGGUGAGGGGAGGAGUGUCAGGACUGUUGGAUGGCGCUCAGGUGGUACUUGGCCCCGACUCAAACGUUUUUGACCCAGCACCAGAGCAACAGUUUAUCCACCAAAAAAUGAGACCUGGCUCAGGUGUGUUGUCUGUACAGGUCGUGCCAGACGGUCCCACGCGAGUAUUACAGAUCAGUGAUUUCAGCCAGCGCCACAUGAAUAGGCUUUCUCCCAGCAUGGAGGAAAGGCAGAAUAAAGAGAGCACUGAAUCGAAAGUUCCUGAUGAGGAGCUUGAGGUGUCGGUGAGCCUAGAAGAAGGAGUGGGCCUGUCGCUGGUUAAUAAAGUUCCUGAGGAGCUGCUAUUUGCCACCCUUUCUGGGAUUGAUAUGCAUUUCACUCGUACUGCCGCAAGUGAGGUGUUAGAACUUCGAGUGAGAGAUAUUCAGGUGGAUAAUCAGCUCCUGGGCACUACCCAUCCUGUUAUGCUGUGUGUGAACUCAGACUUUAUUGAUAAUAGUGCAGGAGACUCAGGCCUUGCUCUGCAGGUCAAUGCCGUUAAAGUGCCAAGCAGCCUUAUGCUUACAGACCUUUAUAAGCACUUGAUGGUCACGGCACGCCACUGCACCUUGAUCAUCGAGGAGAAGCUCAUGCUGAAGCUGCUCACGUUCUUUGGCUACGGGCAGACUGAGGAGGUUGAGAAGCUGGAUGAAAACCUCCAUGAGAAAGCCAGUGAAGAUUUAGGAACUCCAAAACACUAUUAUUUUGAGAAUUUGAAGAUCAGUCUCCCACAGGUCAAACUGAGUGUCUUCACCUCUCACAAGUUGCCCCCUGACCUCAAGGCCUUGAAGGGAACCCUGGGGUUUCCACUUAUUCGGUUUGAAGAUGCAAUCAUUAACAUGAACCCCUACACUCGCGUCCACCCCUAUGAGACGCAGGAGAUGAUCAUAAAUGACAUCCUUAAGCACUUCAAAGAGGAGCUGAUCAGUCAGGCAGCUCAGAUCCUCGGCUCAGUGGAUUUCCUGGGCAACCCUAUGGGCCUACUGAAUGAUGUCACGGAGGGUAUGAACGAACUCAUCAAGUACGGCAACAUCGGAGGACUUAUCCGCAGCGUCACACACGGGGUUUCCAACUCUACUGCCAAGUUUGCAGGUACCUUAUCUGAUGGACUGGGCAAGACAAUGGACAACCGGCAUCAGACUGAGCGAGAGUACAUUCGCUAUCAUGGAGCCACCAGCGGAGAACACUUGGUUGCAGGGAUUCACGGCCUUGCUCAUGGCAUCAUCGGUGGUCUGACCAGUGUCAUCACAUCCACUGUGGAGGGGGUGAAGACUGAGGGUGGCGUCAGUGGAUUUUUCUCUGGUCUGGGAAAGGGAUUAGUUGGCACGGUGACAAAACCUGUGGCAGGAGCACUGGAUUUUGCCUCAGAAACGGCGCAAACUGUCCGUGACAUGGCCAGCAUCAACAACGGGCUUAGCACGCAGCGAGUGAGGAAGCCACGCUGCUGUAAGGGUCCUCAGUGGCUUCUGCCCCGAUUCUCCUCCUUACAAGCAGAUGGACAAGAACAGCUCUUUUACUUAACAGACAACAUCCACUCGGAAUAUUUUAUUGCAGUGGAGCCCAUAGAUACAUACUCUGUGCUGAUCUCCUCCAAAGUGGUGUACUUCCUCAAGCCAGGGGAGUGUAUGGAUCGGGAAGCAAUUUUCCUAGAGGUCAAAUAUGAUGAUCUGUAUCAUUGUCUGGUGUCCAAAGAUCAUGGGAAAGUAUACGUCCAGCUUACCAAGAAAGCUGAAAACAGCAGUAGCGGAGUGGCAAUUCCAGGUCCAUCACAUCAGAAACCUAUGGUUCACGUGAAAAGCGAGAGCCUCGCCGUCAAGAUUUCACAAGAAAUCAAUUACGCCAAGAGCCUUUACUAUGAGCAGCAGCUCAUGCUGCCUCCCAGUGAGAAUGAGGAUAGUCUAUUAUUGGACUCUUAACCAAACUGACCCACGGGUGGUAGGUGUUUCUCGCUCAUUUUUCAAUGGCUAUUUCCUUUUUUUCUGUUUGUGUGGAAGGACAGUAAUAAAUCAGCAAAGCGUGAUCACCCACUUAAGCCAGUCUACGGGACAUGCGCACAGCAUGUGGUUUGUUCACUAAUGCAUGUAGUCUAGAGAAGCUGCUAUAAACCCUGGCGAGCACAGAUCUAACUUGAAUAUGCAAGGAUUUUUGUAAACAUUAUAAAAUAUUUUUGUUUCACAGUUUGUUAAUAGAAUAACAGGUGUUUGUCGCUACACAGCUAGUCUGACGCUGCUGUAUAUGUUUGUGUAUAGAUUCUGUAUGUACUGUACAUACACACAAAUAGAACAUUAUCUGCCAUGUAUAUAAAAUGUUGAAAUUUAUAAUAUAUAGGAUGAAAUUAAUGUUUGAUUCAUUGCUGUAUAAAACUGCCUUUAAAGAAAGGUUUUUGUCUCUAAGGACAAUGCUGUGGUUAAAGAUUAUGAAUGAAUGCACUGAUAUAAAUGUAGAAUAAAUGCAGCUGGUCAUUAACACACACAUAUACAUGUACACAUGUAUAAAACCUAGAAAUAUAAAUACUAUAUCACUACUCUACAUGCAUACCUCGCAAAUAUCUUAUUUUCUUGUAUUUUCUGUGAUUUAACAUACACAUGAAAAAUUUGUACUCUGUUUGUAAAAUCUUUUAAAAGUUCAAGCUUUAAAUAUGAAACACAUUUAAGAUGCAACAAAUAAAAUGUUGGUGUUGUGCAGUGCUUACGAUCAUGCCCUCAUUCUCUUACUAUAAAGAUGCCCUUCAUUCUGCAACAUACAUUCUGUCCUCAUCAUAAUAUUAUACAUCACUCAUGUUUUGUUAAUUUUUAUAUCCCCAAAUUUGUACAAUACAUGAUUUUGACCCCUGCAUCUAUUUAACUGACUACCAAAGACCAGACACUAAUAGUAUUAUUUCCCUUUAAUAAUGGGCUCUCUUCCAUUAACAUCCAUCACUCUGAGAUAAUGCCUCCACAAACGGAUCAGUAUGAUUUAUGGGAAUAUUGAACAAAUUGGUUUUCUAAAAGUUUCAAUUUUUAAUAAUGGUACAUUCACAUCCAUACAAACUACUUGAGACAGCUGCAUUAAUAUGCAAAUUAAAAUGUAGUGUGGACAUUUAUUUUGUUGUAAUUAGAAAAUGUAUAACGCAGAAUAAAAAAAAUAUGGUUUAACAAAAA